AUCCCUGAGCCCGCCGAGUUGGUACCAUGAGCAAAGCUCACCCUCCCGAAUUGAAAAAAUUUAUGGACAAGAAGUUAUCAUUAAAAUUAAAUGGUGGCAGACAUGUCCAAGGAAUACUGCGGGGAUUUGAUCCAUUUAUGAAUCUUGUGAUAGAUGAAUGUGUGGAGAUGGCAACUAGUGGGCAACAGAACAAUAUUGGAAUGGUGGUAAUACGAGGAAAUAGUAUCAUCAUGUUAGAAGCCUUGGAACGAGUAUAAAUAAUGGCUGGUCGACA